AUGAAUCAACUUAAAGACCCUAAAUCGGAUCUUUCUAUAACAAUAAAUACUGCAACAGAAAUCUAUACUCUCAAAAAACCAUUUCUUAUUAAAUAUUGCGAAAAUAAACAAUUUAAAUCAACAGGUACAACUAGUGAAUUAAGAGCUAGACUUAGUAGAUACUUAAAAGGCACCAUAACAUUAGACGACAUAGAUAACACAUUAAGCAAAGAAGAAUGCGAUUUAAUUUUAAUCAAAGCAAAAACUAAUAAAAUCGAUUUUAAUAAAUUAGAAAAAGAAGCAGGAAUACUUGAUUCGAGCGAUUCGAGCACUGACACAAAUACAAUUAAUAAAUUAACUUCAGACAGCUUUUCAGAAAUAUCAAAAGAUAAUUUAAAAUUAUACGAUAAUAUUAAUGCCAGUACAAGCUCAUUUGUGAAUAACACCGAAAAUAUUCUAACAAAUUCAGAUAUAACUUACCAAAAUUGUCAAAAGGAAAGUUCUGAUACUUAUGAAAAUAUAUUAAAAAAUCUUAAGAUUAAUGAUACUUCUAAUAAUAUUUAUGAGGAAAUAAAAUUAAAUACUCAACCAGAAAAUAGUGAGAUUAUUGAAAAUAAGUUAAUAAAUCUUAAUAAUUCAACAACUAUUGAUUCUAAUAACACAAGUGAAAAACCAAAAUUCAAAAACGAAAACACAGCAAUAAAAAAAAAUAAUCAAAAAGGAGAUAACCUAAACUCUGAAAUUCAUUCUACUCUGUUAAAUAAACAAACACAGAUAAUGACAGAAAAAAUUCUAAUGAUUCGACCAGACCAGUUCUCAGGUAAUGAAGACGUAAGAAAAUAUUUCAAGCAAUACGAAAAAGCAGCAGAUGUAAACGGUUGGAAGGACGAAGAUACAGUAAGAUUUUUAUCGAUAUUCGUAAAAGGUACAGCAAGCAUAUUUUUGGAAAAUUUGGAGGACAAACAUAAUAAUUGGACAUGGAAUGAUUUGAAACAGGAGUUUCUCGACGAAUUUCAACCAAUCGGUUACAAUACAAUUUUAAAAACUAGAUUAGAAAAUAGACGUCAAGGAGAUACAGAGUCUAUAAUGAGUUUUGUAACAGAAAUAGAAAAUAUAUGUAGACAACUAAAUAAAAAUAUACAGGAAGAAGAAAUUUGCACUUAUAUUUUAAAGGGAUUAAAAGAGACAGUCUUACAUGCGAUUUCAUUACACGACAAUAGCAACCUAAAGGAACUAAAGAAAAAUUUAAAAAAAUUUGAAUUGAUGCAAUUUCGAAUUAAUAACAGAGGACCAGAAUUAAGUGAUUAUACAGAAAUGCUUAGUGAACAUGUAUCUCAACUAAACCAAAAAACAAAAGAAAAAGGAAGAGAAAUCGAUGAACUAAAAAGACAGUUAAUAGAAAGAGAUAGAGAAUAA